AGUUGUGUUGCUUGAUACAACUAUUGCACUGGGAGAGCUGGGAUGGAAGACAUACCCGUUAAAUGGGACCUAUUUUCAACACUGCUAAAAGGGGGGAAAAUUCGAGAAGGCACUGAAGAGACGGCCUCACCAGACCCCGAUGUUACUUCUGCUCUGGAUGUACAUGCUGCAGCUCCGUAGGAGCCAGUGGGACGCCAUCACUGAAAUGGACGAACACAACAGGCCCAUUCACACCUACCAGGUGUGCAAUGUAAUGGAGCCAAACCAAAACAACUGGCUUCGUACAAACUGGAUCUCUCGCGAUGCUGCUCAGAAAAUUUAUGUGGAAAUGAAGUUUACACUGAGGGAUUGUAACAGCAUCCCAUGGGUCUUGGGAACUUGCAAAGAAACAUUUAACCUGCAUUAUAUGGAAUCAGAUGAGUCCCAUGGAAUUAAGUUCAAGCCAAGCCAGUAUACAAAGAUUGACACAAUUGCUGCUGAUGAAAGUUUUACUCAGAUGGAUUUGGGCGAUCGCAUCCUCAAACUCAACACUGAAAUUCGUGAGGUGGGACCUAUAGAAAGGAAAGGAUUUUAUCUUGCUUUUCAAGACAUUGGAGCAUGCAUUGCCCUGGUCUCAGUCCGUGUUUUCUACAAAAAGUGCCCUUUCACUGUUCGAAACUUGGCCAUGUUUCCUGAUACUAUACCUAGGGUUGAUUCUUCCUCUUUGGUAGAAGUGCGAGGAUCCUGUGUGAAGAGUGCUGAAGAACGUGAUACUCCUAAACUGUACUGUGGGGCUGAUGGGGAUUGGCUGGUUCCACUCGGAAGAUGCAUCUGCAGUACAGGGUAUGAAGAAAUUGAGGGUUCUUGUCAUGCUUGCAGACCAGGAUUCUAUAAAGCAUUUGCUGGAAACACUAAGUGUUCUAAAUGCCCUCCACACAGUUUAACCUACAUGGAAGCCACUUCUGUCUGUCAGUGUGAAAAGAGUUACUUCAGAGCUGAGAAAGACCCACCUUCUAUGGCAUGCACCAGACCGCCUUCAGCUCCUAGGAAUGUGGUUUUUAACAUCAAUGAAACAGCCCUCAUUUUGGAAUGGAGCCCACCAAGUGACACAGGGGGGAGGAAAGAUCUAACAUACAGCGUCAUCUGUAAGAAAUGUGGCUUGGACCCGAGGCAGUGUGAGGACUGCGGUGGAGGACUCCGCUUUAUCCCAAGACACACUGGCCUGAUCAACAAUUCUGUAAUAGUACUUGACUUCGUGUCUCACGUGAAUUACACCUUUGAAAUUGAAGCCAUGAAUGGAGUUUCUGAAUUGAGUUUUUCUCCCAAGCCAUUCACAGCUAUUACAGUGACCACGGAUCACAAUGCACCUUCUCUAAUAGGUGUGGUAAGGAAGGACUGGGCAUCCCAAAAUAGCAUUGCCCUCUCAUGGCAAGCACCUGCCUUUUCCAAUGGAGCCAUUCUGGACUACGAGAUCAAGUACUAUGAGAAAGUCUACCCACGGAUAGCGCCGGCAUUUUGGCACUACCUGCGGGUAGAAGAGCAUGAGCAGCUCACCUAUUCCUCCACAAGGUCCAAGGCCCCCAGUGUCAUCAUCACGGGUCUCAAGCCAGCCACCAUGUACAUAUUUCAUAUCCGAGUAAGGACGGCAACAGGAUACAGUGGCUACAGUCAGAAGUUUGAAUUUGAAACAGGAGAUGAAACUUCUGACAUGGCGGCAGAACAAGGGCAGAUUCUGGUGAUCGCGACGGCGGCCGUGGGAGGAUUCACGCUCCUCGUUAUCCUCACCUUGUUCUUCUUAAUCACUGGGAGGUGUCACUGGUAUAUAAAGGCCAAGAUGAAGUCAGAAGAGAAGAGAAGAAACAACUUACAGAAUGGGCAUUUACGCUGUCCAGGAAUUAAAACUUACAUUGAUCCGGAUACCUAUGAAGACCCAUCCCUAGCAGUCCAUGAAUUUGCAAAAGAGAUUGAUCCUUCAAGAAUUCGCAUUGAAAGAGUCAUUGGAGCAGGUGAAUUUGGAGAAGUCUGUAGUGGGCGUUUGAAGACACCAGGGAAAAGAGAAAUCCCAGUCGCCAUUAAAACUUUGAAAGGUGGCCACAUGGAUCGGCAGAGAAGAGAUUUUCUGAGAGAAGCGAGCAUCAUGGGCCAGUUUGACCACCCAAACAUCAUUCGCCUGGAAGGUGUGGUCACAAAAAGAUCCUUCCCGGCCAUUGGGGUGGAGACGUUUUGUCCCAGCUUCCUGAGGGCAGGGUUUUUAAAUAGCAUCCAGGCCCCGCAUCCAGUGCCAGGGGGAGGAUCUUUGCCCCCCAGGAUUCCUGGCAGACCGGUAAUGAUUGUGGUGGAAUAUAUGGAGAAUGGAUCCCUAGACUCCUUUUUGAGGAAACACGACGGCCACUUCACCGUCAUCCAGUUGGUCGGCAUGCUCCGAGGCAUUGCGUCAGGCAUGAAGUACCUUUCGGAUAUGGGCUACGUUCAUCGAGACCUCGCAGCUAGGAAUAUAUUGGUGAACAGCAACUUAGUAUGCAAAGUUUCUGAUUUUGGUCUCUCUCGAGUGCUGGAAGAUGACCCAGAAGCUGCUUAUACAACAACUGGUGGGAAAAUCCCCAUAAGGUGGACAGCACCAGAGGCUAUUGCCUACAGAAAAUUCUCCUCAGCAAGUGAUGCAUGGAGCUAUGGCAUCGUCAUGUGGGAGGUUAUGUCCUAUGGAGAGAGACCUUAUUGGGAAAUGUCCAACCAAGAUGUUAUUCUGUCCAUUGAAGAAGGUUACAGACUUCCAGCUCCCAUGGGCUGCCCAGCAUCUCUACACCAACUGAUGCUCCACUGCUGGCAGAAGGAGAGAAAUCACAGACCAAAAUUUACUGACAUUGUCAGCUUCCUUGACAAACUGAUCCGCAAUCCCAGUGCCCUUCACACCCUGGUAGAGGAUAUCCUCGUAAUGCCCGAGUCGCCUGGUGAAGUUUCUGAAUAUCCUUUGUUUGUCACAGUUGGUGACUGGCUGGAUUCUAUAAAGAUGGGACAAUAUAAGAAUAAUUUCAUGGCAGCAGGGUUUACAACUUUUGACCUGAUUUCAAGAAUGAGCAUUGAUGACAUUAGGAGAAUUGGAGUUAUACUCAUUGGACACCAGAGACGAAUAGUCAGCAGCAUACAGACUUUACGUUUACAUAUGAUGCACAUACAGGAGAAAGGAUUUCACGUAUGAAAGUACUAUAAACACCUGUGUUUUGUGCCUCAGCAUUUCUAAAAUGAAAGAUAUCCUCUCUAAUGCCCUCUCUUCUGACUCUGUAAACAUCUUCACAAACCAGUCUCUUGUUCAGACUACGGCCGCACACCUUAUGUUUAUGCUUCCAACCUGGAUUUUGAAACCAUGCUACUACACAGAUCCUCUGAAUAGACUGCAAAUAAAACCCUGGCCCAGUGCAGAUUAUUGCUACACAACAAUAAAUAACUCAGCAUGGAUGUGUAACAUGGUAUAGAGGUAUUUGGGAAGUGUUCAUGAACUUAACCUGAAGGAAUUUAUCCAGAUGUGGCAUUCUUAAUAAUGUAUGUAAAGUUUGAUGGUAAAUGAGAUAGAAAUAGUGGGACUUUCAUGUUUUGUGAUCAAGUCGCUGCCAAACUGACAUGGAUAUUUAUUUUUAGAUAGUUUUAUUCAAAUCUCUCUGUUGUAUUGUUGCUUUAUUUUAAAACUUUGCAUACUGGUACCUAAUGUUAGAAUGAUUUACAAAAAUGAACAGGAUUCCAUGUAAUGCAUUCUUGUCAGGUGUGACUCUGGGGAGAAGGGAGGUAAUGGGGAGGGUGAGGGAGAAAAAUACUGUGAUUUUAAAUCUUCUAAGACUGGAUUUGUCUAUUUUUAAAUUAACCUUCUAAUGUCCUACACAUUUCACAGUAGCUAUUACUUUAGAGGCUUUUCCUGUCUGGUUUUUUUUUUUUUUACUAUUUUGUAUUUCUCUACCAUGUUAUGAAACCACCCUUGGAAAAACAGAGUGUGUCCAUUACUCUAAAGGUUUUCAUAGAAUGAAGCACAGAAUAAACCCACUAUUGUUCCCUUCAUCCAUUUUCACACAUUUAAAACGUGAUUAUGAAAACACUGAGGAAAUCAACUGAUCUUGUAGAAUUGCUUUGAAUAAAAUAUCUAAGGUUAUAGCCUUAGAUGUAGGGUGAAGUGAUUAAUUAAUUUAAGCAAAAUUUUAUGAUAUCUAUAUGGUAGCCCAAGGAAAAGAAACACAUCUGUCUAGCUGAUAUCAGUAUAUUUUGCAAGUUUAAGAAUUCUUAUGUUUUGAUUGCAAAAAUAAGUUGUAUGAACAUGCUGAGCUGUUUUCCAAAGCUUCUAAGAAAUAAGUAUGAAUACUCCAGGAUAUAAACAGAUCUUACAAUUCAGUAUGUGUGUGCAUGUGUGUAUAUGUGUGUGAGUGUGUGUGUGUGUGUGUGUGUGUGUGUGUGUGUACAUAUGUUAAUGUGGCCCAAUAAUGCAGUUACAUAAAAAUGUGAAUGCAACUAAGAUACGUUGUUGUCAUAAUCUUCUCAGAGGCUUGUAACAAAACCGGAACUAUAUUUUUCAGUGAAUUAAGCUCAGUCAGCUUGUCAAAAUAGUGGUGUCUUACGAACAAAAUCAUUUGUAAAAUCAGCUGCUCCUUGCAAUAUACAAAAAAUUGACUGCCAUGUUAGGUAGAAAAGUAAGGAGAAUGUGUUAAGGGAGACAAAAUUGCAGUGCAGGUUGUCUAUAGAUGUUAAUCAUUUGUUUUUUACUUAAUCUCAGAGGCAAAGGUGCCCUAUCUACAUUCUUAAAUUCCUACCUAAAUUGCAAUUUCUAUUGAAAAUAGUGUUCUUUUUAUCUAAUGGCCCUUGUUUUCUUUCUUUUUUUUCUUAUGUUAAGAAUUGGAUAACUGUCCAUUUUACCAGAUCCUUCCAAAUAUACUAUAUCAUGAUGACUUAUCUCCUGUUAUUUUUCCUAGCACCACUUAAUUUUUCUUGUUUCAAAAAAUGAAUAGAGCUAGAAAGAAGUUUUGAGAGUAUUCCUUAAGUAUACUAUAAAAGAAAAAAAGGAGACAUCAUUCACCUUUUAAGUAAGUGUGUCAGAAACAGCUAGCAACAUUUCUGUAGCCAUCAACCUGCAUGGUUAUGCACCACUCAUAAACUAUAUGCAAUUUGCUUGACAUAUUUACCCAAAUCUGUAUACAUUUAAAGUAAAUAUAAAAUUUCCAUAUUUAUCUGUCUUUAAAUAUAUAUUAAAUAAAAACAGAUGUAAGCAAAUUAAAUUUAUUAAUCAUAUAUAUUUAUUUUUAUAAAACAACAAAAAGGUAUGUAGAAAACAAGAGAUAGAAUAGUAUUGUCUUCCAUAGGACUCUGUCAGCAACAUCUGUAAACGUUGAUGAAAUAAAUUGUACUAAAAUAUUUAAACUGCUAUAAGAUGGACAUUCAGUGAUUAUAACAUUAAAGAUCUCUUUUAAGAAUAUUUUUCUUGAGUAGAUGUGCUGCUUAUGCUUGUCAAUCCUAGCUACUCCAGAGGCUGAAGCAAAAGGAUCAGAAGUUCAA